AUGACAAUGUCUCCCUCCGACGUAGCCCCUUCGACAGCGACGACCGUUACUCCAACGACAAGUCCCAGUAGCGACGAUAGUGGCCUCCAUCCUCCUCCGCUCUCUCUUCCCUCCUCCCUCUUCCUCUCCCAUUGUCAUUUCGCUCCGCCACCACUCACUCUUGAACCAAUUCACAAGCCUUUCCUACUCAAUCCUCCUUCUUCUAAAAAGCCGUCGUUUCAACAACACCGUGUUUGGAGCACCAGCAUCAUAAAGGGUGCAAUAGCAGAGUUAGAAGGAGACCUAGAGCUUCCACCAAACGCGGUUCGGAGAAAGAGGGACCCAAAUUGGAGAGGUGGCUUCAGCCUCGGAAUUGAUUUGGGCAUGGCCCGCACUGGCCUCGCCCUCACUAAAGGCUUCAACAUUCGCCCUUUAACCGUUUUGGAACUGCGAGGACAGAAGCUUGAGCUCAAGAUAAUUAACAUAGCUGAACAACAGGAGGCUGAUGAGUUCAUAAUUGGACUUCCGAGAUCUUCUGAUGGGAAGGAGACGCCGCAAUCCAACAUUGUUCGUAGUGUGGCAGGAAGACUCGCCGUUCGAGCUGCCGAUAGGGGUUGGAGAGUAUACCUACAGGAUGAACAUGGAACAACAACAGAGGCAGUAAAUCGGAUGAUCACUAUGGGUCUAAGUAAGUCCUCUCAGCAGAGGAAGCUUGAUGCCUAUGCUGCCAUGAUGGUAUUGGAAAGAUACCUAUCCACAUCAGGUCAGGGUACCGAACUUGUUUUGCCCAAGAACCUUGAAUUACAAGAAAAACUUCGAAGGGGUCCUCCCAAAGAUGCCGAUUUUUUCUCGGAUGAAGAUUAAUAUAAGUACAUGCUUUUUGGCUAUUAGCCUCUAUAGAGAAUCCUAGAGAUUUUUAAGUGGUCAAACACCCAUGGGGGAAUCUUAUUUGAGCUGUUCUUUUCAGAUUGCAAGCUAGCUUGAGGAUGUUGUGGGGAAAAUAUUCCAACAAUCAGUAUCAUGACGAUGGAUUAAAUUAUCCUUGUAUGAGUACCAAAUUUAACUACUCAUUUAGCUGUCUAUAGAUCCUACCAACGUUUUUUCCGACAGUUUAAAUGUAAGACAUGUCCAUUCAAGAUAUGAGUAUUCGAA